CUGAGAGACCAUUGACCUCACUUCCUGUAGGGGGAAGGGGAGUUUUCUGUACAUGCAAACAAAGACUGGCAGAGUAUUUUGACAGUUUGACAUAACCCACUGGGAAGAUAUUUCAGUAAAGUGUUGCUGUAUUAGUUGGCCUUAUUUGCCUGUUGUCUGGGCUGCUGUUUGUACUGCAGAUGGGAAAAUUACUUUUGUGUGGGGCCUGGAUUUCACUGCUAAUUGUCUGUCUGCACUUCUGCUUUGGAUUUAUCCACUGAACAGCUGCGGAGGUCGUCAGCUGCUGCAGCAGGGAUCAGGUAGAUACUAGAAUGAUCAAUAGAUGGUUGAAGAGGUCAACAUAUCCUACAUUUAGUACAACUAGAAACUAUAAGACUAAGUAUGGAUCAAGUCAGCAAAUCAACUCAGUUGUAAACUUCAGUACUGCAGUAUCUGGAAUGAAGCAACCAAAGAGAUACAGAUUACAGAACACUGUUGUUUUGGAGACUGUUGUAGUUAAACAUACCUGAAGAGAAUGAGCUAUACGAGUCAUUUGGCUGACAGUUAGAACAUUUUCAACAAGAACAGUAAACUGGGAAACACUUCAUCCCUGAUACUAAGGUUGGAAAAGCAAGGAAUGUGACCAUGGCAGAGAAAACAAAGGUGAACUUUGGUCAGUUGCAGGAACUGUGCUCAGCAAGAGAUAUGGCAUGUGAUGGACUAACCAUGUCACAGAUACUGGAGGUGCUGGAGGGACUAGCAAGAAACAGUGAAAACGCUGACCGAUUGUUAGAGCUAAUGCAGAUGCAGAUUCAGUUGAAAGAACUGGACAGACAGAUUGCCAUGGAUAAGAUGAAGAUGGAACAGGAGAAGAUGAAGAUGAAAACAGAACAAGAGAAAAUGAAGACGGAACAAGAGAAGAUGAAGACAGAACAGGAAAAAAUGAAAAUGGAGCAAGAAAAAAUGAAAAUGGAGCAAGAAAAGAUUCGGACAGAGCAGGAGAAGAUGAAAAUGGUGAUGGAACGGGAACGAGAGCGAGAGCAGUAUGAGCUGGAACGUCUGAGACUAGAACAAGGACUACAGAGAUUAAAGUCCCAGAAGAAGGAAGGCGAUGACAAGAAGAGUGAUUCAAAAGACGGUGAGUCACAGACACUGAACAGCUUUUGUAUCAAGGUGGAAACCGUUAGCAGUGAUGAUGAGGCACAACUGUCUACAAAUGAUCCAGAUACCAGCCAACACAUCAAGGACAGGGAAUGGAACUGCUCCCAGCCUGGAACCAAUCACAACUUGACAAACAAAGCGGCAGUUGGCGUGCAUACUGGCGCCAGACAGCACUUAGAGGACAGGCUCAGAAAUGGAGGAGACUACUUCAGUAGUUACAUGACCCAGAAACCCAGUGAUGAAAUCAGGAAGGUGAAAGUGCUGUCAGACAGUAUCAAUGAUUGUUUCGUAGAUGAUUUGACUGACGACAGUUAUGAGGCCAUAACUAUACCAGGCAAACUAUGGACUGUGGUUGAGCAGGAAAAUGGGCCAAUGAUGUUGACCGAUACCCAGCAGGCAUUGCAAAGCAGUGGCAUAAGCAUCAGGAAGAUCAAUUAUAUUACUGUUGACAGCACUGAAGACAUUAGUGAGGACACUAAUGGAAGUGAAGAAUAUCUAAACUGCCUCUCAGGCGAGGUCCUUUCAGGCAUUCAGGAGGAUGGAACCCACUUGGACGUAGUUGGCAUACAAGAGGAAACAGAGAGUGGAGCUGUAGCUAUGAAGAAUGAGUUCUACAACAGCAUUGAUGUUUUCCUUGAGGACUCUGACAGUGAGGAUGACAAAAAGCUUCUUGCAGAUUUUAGACAGCCAGAGUUUGAUACCAGUCUGAGUCUUCAGUCAUCUGUUUGGUCACAGGAACAGGGUCCAGAAAACAAAAAUUCAUAUCAGUGUACAGUGUGUGGAAUGACUUUUCAUUAUCUGCAUCAGCUGACUGUGCAUCAGCAGAUUCAUGCACGUGGGAGACCACCAAAAUGUCUGAAAUGCAAGAAGAGCUUCUGUCACCAUCAGCACCUUACUUUUCACCAGCGGGUGUACACUGAGGAAAAGCCAUAUAAAUGUUCAGAAUGUGGCAGCAGUUUUAAUUUCUUGAAUAAAUUGAAAGCUCACCAACUGAGCCACACAGGAGAAAAACCCUACAAGUGUACUGAAUGUGGGAGAAGUUUCAGUUAUUUGAACAAACUGAAAACUCACCAACGCAUACACACAGGAGAGAGACCUUAUAAAUGUACUGAAUGCCUGAAAAGCUUUCGACGUCAGGAUCACCUUACAGUUCAUCAGUGGACCCACAGAGGAGAGAAGCGUUACAAGUGCAGUCAAUGCGAUAAGAGUUUUGCGUGUAUGUAUAAUCUCACAGUUCACUUUCGUAUUCACACAGGUGAGAGACCUUAUCAGUGUGCCCACUGUAGUAAAGGCUUUCGUCGUCAAGAAGACCUUCGGGUUCACCAGCGCAUCCACACAGGUGAAAGGCCAUACAAAUGUGCAGAAUGUGGUGCUGCUUUUAGUGACCCUAGUACUUUCAGAAAACACCAGCGUAUCCAUAGUGGAGAUAACACUUACAAGUGCAGCAAAUGUGAUUGUAGUUUCAGCAAAAUGAGUAGCUUAGGAAGACAUCAACGAGUCCAUUUAUUAAAAAGAUCUGAUAAAGGGCAGAAUCUGAACAAUGGAACCCUGUCACGUGGUCAUUGCAUUACCUAUCCAGUGUAAUUGACAGCAGAUUCCCUGAUACAUACAUCUAUUUUACUCUUUAAGGGGCUGAUAGUUGCGCAGUCAUUGAAAACACCAGAAACAUAAAGGGACUACCUUCAGUGUAACACAGAUGUAGGCUGGCAGCACUUUGUUUUGACUACUUUUCCUCUUAGACUGUAUAAUUGCUGUUCUAUUUUAACAGAAAUUAAGCAAUAUUCUUUGUGAUGUGAAAUUUUGCGAAGGAGUGCUGACAGGUCAAUUAGCAAAUUGUAUUAAAGCAGUUUUUUUCAUGAACAUAAACUAGAAAGUGGAAAAUAAUGCCUGGCUCACUGUAAGAUAGCUUUUAUAAUAAAUAUAAUUGUUUUAUACUGAACUUAUAUUUAAUUGAUGGUUGAAGGGCUGGGUAAAAAAAUGGUCACUCCUCUCCAUUUGGCAAUCCAUAUCUGCAGUGUUCACAGAUCUCACUGCAUUACUUUCGGCUGUUUUGAAUUCCACAUUGACUAAGAGUGUCACUUUGUUAUGUGUUUGCGACUUAAGGCUGUUUGGUGUGAGGGCAUUAUCCAUCAACUUGGCAAUGUGGCUUCAAGUUGUUUUCCUCAGUUUUCUUGAAAAUGAGCCCUAAAAAGUUGGGAAUUGGGUGCUUAAGGAAGAUACGGAUAAAGCAGGACUGAUCAUAGGUUAUGAGGGUGAAGACCAUGUUUUGAGUCCACUUCAAACAGGAAAAUAAUGCUUGAAAUGGGAUUUGCACUAAACCCAGAAAUGUAGUUUCAUUUUGGUGGGAAGCAAAUCCUCAUUUUAGUGUGAACAAUUCACUUUUUAGUGAACUAUAGUUAGAUUAGUAAAAUUAGGUGAUACGGCACCUGCCAAUGAUUAUAUAACUUACCCCGAGGUUUUGUAGCUUUCAAAUAAACUAUAUUACAUAAGAGGAUACAAAGAGUUAAAUUUAUUUCAUGGGUGGUAAGGAUGGCUCUGUUCUCUCAGAUGAAUGUUUUGGUGGGCUUCCUUUCUCCUAAAUUGUUUCAUCUAACAUGAAUCACUGAAGACCAUUUCUGUCAGAAGAGCCAUAUCCCAAAGCGCCCCCCCCCCCCCCCAUGCAGGAGGAAGAUAAAUUAAUAGUGGUUGCUGGUGGCUUCAAAGAAAAGGGGGGAUUACCUAAACAACUAAAUGGGCUGAGUUAAAUUAAAUGGGCACAAGUCUUUUAUGGUAGGGUCAGCUUUGAGUAUGUUCCAGUUUUAUAUAAGUAACUGGUCAUACACUACUGCUUAUACUAAAUAGUUUUCAAACAGUAGCCUUUCUCUUCACAAUGCAUGCUAGUGAUGCUCUGAGAAGAGAGUUUAUGUCAGUCAUAUCAGAUGUUUGAAUCAGUUCCACUAUAAUACCACAAAACUCAACACACAAACUAAUUCUUCAAGUUAUACCCAUGAUUUUUAAGUGUAAUUUCCAGCCAUUACAGAAAUUACACAAAAAUGUUUUGGAGGGAGUUAUUUUUACCUCCCUAGCACCUGACAGUUGGCUGCUUCCAAGUGCCUUUCCUUGAUCAUUGGGAUUACCUAUCUCUUCCAGUUUCCAUCAGAAUUGUUCCCCUAUCUUGUGGCCAUCAAGAAGAUCAAGGUGUCCUGAUGCAACUUCAUACUGCUGCCUUAUUUCUUUUGCCCCUGCAUGCAACUAGUAACACCAUGGGGGGUGGAACAUUCAAAGGAUGACAGCUCUGAUCUCAUCUAACUUUUAUAAAGGGUUGAUGUUCAGGAGGACACCCUGUCCACCCUCAGAAAGCACCUUGCAGUUGUUUCCCCAGUCUUCACAAGGGAAUCUGAGCUGUGACAGUGUGCCCUAAUCAUGAGGUGCUUCCACAUCCCCCAGGAUGGUCAAGCUCAUAAUUCCUCUUGCCAGCACCUCAGACACUUCAGCAGCUAAUUGAACCUAUGUUACCUAGGCCGUAAUCCCUCUACACAGUGGUGCUGUCUGAUUCCAUGAUCAUCUUUAAUGCAUCUCUCUGUAAGCAAAAUUAAAAAGACUCAAGUAUCAAAUAUUACUAAUGUUCACAGUAAUAUAUUUAUGCUUAUUUUACUGAAGUAUACCCUAACCCUACCAAGCUUAAUCAGUAACUAAUAAAUUGUUUUCAGAUAACAGCUUGGGUCAAACAGCUUGGGUCAAUCAUUUCAUCCACAGACUGCACGUGUCCAUCAGUUACAGCCAGAUUAUUGACUGUGUACACCUCAGAUGUCUGAUUGUGAUGAACUGAGUGAAUGUCCAUGAUUUAUUUGCUUGUUCAAUGUGAUGUAUUUCACCUCAUUGUAAUCUGACUGCAUUGUAAUCAAUUGCAACCAAAUGCCCAUCAGUUACAGUCACUUUGUGUACACAUUAAAUGUCUGAUAAAAAAUA